CAGCUGGACGCCCACAGGGGGGCGGAGGCACUGCGCAUGCUCAAAGCARCAGCGUGAAAUCCUUGCUUCGCGUCCUGAGACGUCCAGCAUUCAGCAACCACCAUGGGCAGUUAAAAUAAACACUUCCUGUUUGUUGUGAAGAGGACAGAAGGUUAGAAACAUCUUAGUGAACAUAUCUUCUCCUCUUUGGGCUGACCGAUAAGUUCCACCACCAUGGCAGAAGAGGACUAUGGCACCUUUGUGGACUGGUCUCAGAUGGGAGACCUGGCCAAGAGCAGUGGGCCCACCAAGGUAGACUGUAAAGAGCUGAAAGAGUUCAAACAGAUGGCCCGCCAAGGUCACUGGGCUAAGAAUCACAAGCUACGGGCACAAGUCUACCAGCAGCUCAUCAAAGCCAUUCCAUGUCGCACGGUCACCCCAGAUGCAGAGGUUUAUCGUGACAUUAUGGGAGAUGCAGCCACAAAGAAGCCCGCCUCUCAUGCCCCACUGCCAGAGUUUGUGGAUGGAAAUCCCGUGCCGCGGUACUGCCUCAAGGCGGAGGCGGUGGCCUCAGUCCAUCGCAUUAUCAGCUGCAUUGCCGGACAGUUUCCAGAUAUCUCCCACUGCCCAUCUCUUCCAGCCAUCACGUCUUUGCUCCUUCACUUUAGUAAAGACGAGGCUCAGUGUUUUGAGCUCGUUAGCCGCAUACUGGCCUGCAACGAGCCAGGCAAGCGACUGGUGGAUCAGACUUUCUUGGCCUACGAGUCCAGCUGCAUGACCUUCGGUGACCUGGCCAACAAGUACUGCACAACUGCUCACAAACUGAUCAUUUCAACAGCCCAGGAUGUGCUGGAAGUCUACGCCGAUUGGCAGCGCUGGGUGCUCGGGGACCUGCCCUUCAGCCAUAUCGUCCGGGUCCUGGAUGUCUAUCUAGUUGAGGGCUACAAGGUUCUCUACCGUGUGGCCAUAGCCUUGCUCAAGUUCUACCGCAAGCAUAAAAUGGGAGGCCAGGGCGGACAGGCGAGCCAGCAGCAACAGGAUUCGGGCAAAAUUAGGUCCGAUAUUCAGGCGUUCAUCAAGGGCAUCGGCUCCGCCGUCACACCCGACAAGCUGCUCGAGAAAUCUUUCUCCAUCCGCCUGAUUAACCGUAAGGAAAUCACUCUGCUGCAGCUCACGAAUGAGAAGUCCCUGCAGCAGAAAGGAAUCACUGUCAAGCAGAAGCGUUCUAGGCGGAACGUGCAGCUAGCCCUGAACCCCGACACAUUCUCCUCCGAGAUCGUCGGGGCCAAAGAGAUGCACGACAUCUGGUCGUGGAUUCCUGAGCGCUUUGCUCUGUGCCAACCGCAGCUUCUCUUCACCACCUCCGUCCACGGCUGCAGCCUUAACAGAUUCUACUCCCACUGUGAAGGCUAUGAACCCACUCUGCUCCUCAUUCGGACCACAGAUGGUGAUGUUUGUGGAGCCUUCCUGUCAUCAGACUGGGAGGAACGGAAGAGAGGAGGCAACAAAUUGAGUUUCUUUGGCACGGGGGAGUGUUUUGUCUUUAGGCUGAAGCCAGAGAUGGAGCGCUACGAGUGGGUGGUGAUCCGUCACCCUGAGUUGGCUUCCUCCAUCAAAGCUGAGGUUCAGGACGGCACGGCGUCCUCUGAGGGCCAAAAUAUAGACAACAACCUACCGCAGCCGGAGAAACCUGCUGGAGAUUUGUCACCGUUUCUCGCCGCUCGCCACUUUAACCUCAACUCCAAGAAUACGUCCAUGUUCAUGGCUGGAAACUUUGACUCCAUCAUUGUGGGAGGGGGUGAGGGCAACGCUCUGUACAUCGACUCUGAGCUGAACCACGGCCGCACAGGCAGGUGCACCACCUUCGACAACCCGCCGCUGUGCGCCGAGAGCUUCCAGGUUUCACUGCUGGAGGUGUGGGGCUUCCAGGACGCCAUGGCUCAAUAGUUCUGCACACAAACAUAUCGCACAUCCAAAAGUGGACCCUUGAAGCUUAUUAAAGUGUAACACUUAAACAUCAAGAAGUCAAGUGAUCGACACUAAGUCUGAAGUUUCAUGCAAGAUGGUUGAGGCUGAAAAUAAAUCAGCAAGAUUCUUACUUACUUUUUUUAUUUAUUAAUGCAGUACAUCCAAAUUUGAAAAUGUGAAAUUAUAUUUUGUUUUUCUCUUUAUUUUUGUAUUCUGCACUUAUCGUGUUGAAGUGGUGAUGGAUGUGGUCGGAUUAACAGUAUUGAGCUCAUGUAAUGUUUUGUUGUUCAUCUCUCUGCCAAAGUGGGUGUGAAACAAGCUCUGCAGUCCUUGAGAUUAUUUACCAGAACAUGUUGACAGAUUUUCCCAUCAGCAUUUGUGAAACCUUCAUUUUAAUGGUAAAUGUUGAACACAAUGUUGUAGUGAAGUUGAACCAGGUCAAGUGAAACUUUAGCCCAGUUUUGUCAUGUUUUUCUAGACUUUUUGAUCUGCUACAUAUACUGUGUGAGAUCUGAUCCCUGAAUAAAUUGAGUAAACGUUUGACAUUAAUGCCCUUUUGCACCGUCCGUGAAAACUUGUUUCUGGAUUAUGUUUGUUGAAGAUGAUCUUUUCAAAGUAAAAGACAAACCUGUGAAACAAAUGACAUUUGAUCAUCUUUUUUUUUGCAUGUUCAGUUUGUAACAAUGAUGGGAACUAAUUCAAAUUGUGCACUAUUGGAAAAAGGUUUAAGAUUGCCGUUUUGUGCUUUUGUGUGCGUGCUCUUGUGAAAUGUCAUUGUAGUAGCUGCAGAUGUGAACUAAAUGUGAAAAUACAGUAUUAGCUGUCAGUGAAAUGA